AUGCCCACAUACAAACUUACAUAUUUCAAUGUCCGAGGCCGAGCUGAAUUGUCCAGACUGGCUUUUGCUCUAGGUGGAGUUAAGUACGAAGAUGUUAGAGUGUCAUCUGAGGAAUGGAAGAAACUGAAACCAAAUACACCACAGGGAAUGCUCCCUAUCCUGGAAGUCGACGACAGGAUGAUUGGUCAAAGCGGUGCUAUAAUACGCGAAAUUGCCCGUGCAACCAAACUUUACGGAAAAAAUGACAUCGAAAUGACAGAGGUGGAUGUCGUUCUAGAGACUAUUCAGGAAUUUUCUGAGAAAAAGAUCAAAGCGAUGUUUGCAAAGGAAGACAAGGACAAAUUGAUGAAGGAACUCUUAGAGGAAACAGUGCCAAAGUAUUUGGAUAUAUUCAUGAAAAUGCUUGCAAACAAAGAGUAUCUGGUUGGAGAUGCGAUGACGGUUGCUGAUCUGGCAGUGUUUAACUCUUUUCAGGCCUUUGCUAAGGACAAUAAGAUCUUUUCUAAACAUCAAAAACUGGAAGCACAUGCUAAGAAAGUGGAGUCCCAUCCAAAAGUCAAGGCUUGGUUGGCAAACCAUACACCACAGGGUAAACUUCCAAUUCUUGAGGUCCACGGCGAGACAAUUCCUCAAAGCCGGGCCAUAGCUCGCUAUGUCGCUCGGAAACAUGGUCUUUAUGGUGAAACAAAUAUCGAUAACACCAUGGUUGACGUAGUUAUUGGAACUCUUCAGGAUCUUGAGGUUCACAUAAUCAAAUUAUAUUAUGAAAAAGACGAAGAAAAAAAGGCCGAUAGGAUGAAGACAUUUAUAACUGAAACAGUGCCGAGGUUUUUUAAAAUCUUCACGGAAAUGCUAGGAGAAAAUGAUUGGUUGGUUGCACAAAAGCUUACGCUUGCUGACAUCGCAUUGUUCAGUGUGUGUGACUACUUGGAAAAGAUGAAUUCUGACACAAGUAAACAUAAUAUUUAUGCUGCGAGUCCUACGAUAAAAAAACAUUCAGAUCGAGUGAGGUCUGUUCCAAGAAUCAAGGCAUGGUUGGAUCGCCGUCCUACUACCGAAUAUUGA